UUGCAGACUUGGCAGGAGAUACCAAGCUUCAGCUGCUUUUGCGAGGAAGCCGUUACGAGGCUGCAGAGUGGUUAAUGUGCUAAGACGACCGUGUAAUGGUGAGUGGGUUCCAGGGCGGUGAUAUAGUCGUAGCUACUGCUCUGGCUGCCAAGCAAAAGCUCUUUGGAAACACAAUCCCGCAGAUCUCAGCAAAUGCCGGUGUCCUUACCAUGAUCUUUCCUCAGAUCAAUGGCGAUGGAGCUGGACCGAUCGUGUAUUAAUCUCGACUGACGUUACAGCUGGCACGGCUUUCACUGG